UAAUACUCUCCUUCAUCAUAAAAUUCUCUUCUUUUUUUCCGUAGCAUUUACAACUUUGUUCAACCUUGCGGUAUGGCAAGACUUGGGACUGGGAAUAAGAUCAUCCAAGCUAAACUGGUGCUUCUUGGGGACAUGGGGACUGGAAAGACAAGCUUAGCAUUAAGAUUUGUAAAAGGCCAAUUCUUUCAUAACCAGGAACCAACCGUAGGAGCAGCCUUUUUCUCUCAAAUAUUAUCAUUAUCUGAAGCUACUGUAAAGUUUGACAUAUGGGACACAGCAGGACAAGAAAGAUACCAUAGUUUGGCUCCUAUGUACUACCGUGGUGCAGCAGCAGCAAUUGUUGUAUAUGACAUCUCGAGCAUUGAUACGUUUGUUAGAGCCCAAAAAUGGGUUCAAGAAUUGCAAAGACAUGGAAGUCCAAAGUUAGUGAUGGCAUUGGUUGCAAACAAAUCUGACUUGGAGUCAAAGAGAGAGGUUAAAGCUGAGGAAGGGGAGCAAUUUGCUCAAGAGAAUGGAAUGUUCUACAUGGAAACAUCUGCUAAGACUGCAGAGAACAUCAAUGAGCUUUUCUAUGAAAUAGCUCAGAGACUAGCAAGAGCAUUUCCCCCAAAGCCUACAGGGAUUAAUUUGAACAAUGGAAUGCAAGAUAGAAGGAGAAAAUUUUUCUGUUGCUCAGCUUGACAUCCCCAUGUAAUCAAAUCAGAGACUCACAGGAUAACCAAUGGUAUCAGGGUGCCCCUGACUACAUUAUUUCAUACAUCAACCCCUCUGAAUAACCUUAACUAUGAAAAGUUCCCCAAGUAAUUCACUUUUAAUUUGGAGUAUUGUUUUGAUUUUUUUCUUUUUUUCUUUCGAGCCGUAUGAGGCUUUGUAAAGAAGUUCACACGUAAUGAAAACUUUUU